AUGCAUUCUCAGGAGGAAGCUCAAGGGGACGUCAAGAGUUCAGACAAAUACAGAGCUUACAUUGCUGACCACUGCCCUGCAAUUGCUAAAGUUAUGAGUGAACUUGCAGAAUCUCUGCAGGCACGGCAACAGAGAACCCUAUCUUCUGUAAAUUCUUCUAUAUCCCAGAAUCAGCUAGCAGAAGAUUCUUCCACAGGUUUGUUUUCUGAGCAUCACACCCCUGAGGCUGAGCUUAAAGCAUUUUCUGGCUGUCAGCUGCUGAGAAACCCCUCUGAGAGAGAAGGUUUGAUGACCUUCACUGUGGUUCCACAGAGACAUCAGCAGAGCAGGCAGUGUUUUGAGGUGCCACUAACCUUACAGACACCCGACAUGGCUAAAGCUGAACAAGAGCUGUGCCCUCGAGACCAAGAUGCUCUUGAGAUCCCCACCACAGAGCUUUUGGAAGCAGUCACAACAGAAUCUUUCAAAAAUGGGUGCAAGCGUUCAGAUAAAAGUGAGCACUUACCAGAGGUUCUACAUCUACAGCAUGUGAAGCAAGAGAAUCAAGCUUGUACAGAUGCAGAGAAUGAGAAUUUGGAACUUAAAGAUGAAGAGGAAGAAUGUAUUCAUCUAGAGAACAUGGUGCUUGAGAACUUAAAAUCACUCCAAAGAGGCCUCUGUAAUCUAGAACAUUCAGGCAGCAUAAUGAACAAUCUAGAACUAAAAGACAGUUGGGCUAAUCCUUCAAAACUUGCUGAUAGGUCACCACUCAGUCCAAAUACACAUCUUGUGGCGCAAGAGGAGAUGGAAGAGCAUGCUUUGGUGGAAAAUGGAGAAGAAAAGGAUUGGGUAGAAGAAUACAAAGAGAGGAGAAGGAAGUUUCUAGGUGGUGAUGAUGGUAUGAAAAAAUUAGAUGUUUGGGGAAGGAUUCAGAAAGAAUUUACGAACACUCAAGAAGAAAAAACUUUGCAAGAAAUGGACUUCCCAUCACCUCCACCAUCUGUCUGCUGGGAUGAGAAUAAUGGAGAAAAUGAAGAGGAUUCGAGCAAGCAAGAAAUGCAGACCUGUGAUGAAGACCUUGAUCAAUGGGCAAACUUUGACCCAAAACCCAAAUAUAUACCUUAUCCACAAAACGCCACACCAAAAGCCCAUUCUCCCCAAACUAACACUGAUCUGAACAUCUCUAGGGCUGAAAAUAAUUGCAGCUCUGAUCCUGAACCUCACAGAACUUCCUUUUUAUCCAAAUCACAUUCAGGCUUUGACCCCUACCCUCCUGCAACAGUGUCUCUUUUCGCCUUGGCUGUAUUUCAGAAGGCUAAGCGCUCCAAAUCAGGGCUGGAUCCAAACUGCUCCAGGAGAUGGAAACUGCCCGUGCACACACACAGUAAUUGAUGGCCAGUCUGAAAGUGUUCAUUUGGCUUAAAUGAGGAGGAUGUUCUUCACCAGAAUGAACAGGAGGACACACUAUAUUAAACUACUAUAUUAAAACUUCUCUUAUUUCUUAUCAUAAGAUUGUUUGUUUCUGUGUUUUAGAAUUAUGAAUAUUUUGAAUGAUGAAAAACAUUCUGAAAGAUUUACCUGUAUUUCCCCCUUUUUUGUACUGAUUUUCACAUAUCCUUUCAGAAAGGAGUAUUUUUCCAGCCUUUUAAUUGACUCAACAGGAACGUUUUUGUGCCAAGAGUAAACUUUGCCCCCACUGAAUACACUUGGGGUAAAAACAUGUAAUGUGUACAUUUUUGUAUAUUAAUGAAGACUUAUAUUGCCGAAUUGAAGCAUUUGUUUUUGUGAGUAUAAAUAGAUAUCAUUUGUUUGUAAACUUCAGGCAAAGUGUUUCAUCAUUCAGAUUUAGAGACAAAUAUAAAAGCAAAGACAGAGUGGGUGGUGCUGUGAUAUUAAAGAAAUAGUUCUCCCAGAAAUGAAAAAAUGUAUAAAAAUGUACUCACCCCUCAGGCCAUCUCAGAUGUAGAUGAGUUUCUUUCUUCAUGAGAAUGGAUUUGGAGAAAUUUUGCAUUACAUCACUUUUUAACCAAUGAAUCCUCCGUAAAUCACCAUACAUGACGACGACGCUUCUUCCAUGCAACCAUAAUGGUAAAAUGUUAUGAAUUGUAAGAAAUCCUUAGUGAUAACUAUACCAUAACUGAGAUAUUUAUACAUGGAAUCCAAAAAUUUCACAUUUGUAAAAUGCACACUUGUAAAUAACAUAUCUGUACAUUCAUUUAAACAAUAACAUGCUUUUUCUCUAUAUUUCUACUUCUGUAUAUAGUGCAUUAUUUAAUUUUCCGUUUUUCUUAUAGUGUUCUCUACCUUGUAAUUCCUAUGUAUGUCUGCACUAUCAUGUAUGUUUGCACUAUGUUCAUACUUUUUUCUGCACUGGAAGCUCUGGUCGCCAAGUGUUUGUAAGCAUAUUGGUAAUAAAGCUCUUUCUUCUGA